AUGAAAUGAAAUAAAAAAAUAUGUGCGUGGUAAUCAGGGUAGCCAAUGGCUCUUGAACUGGUUACCACCAUGUUAAAGUAAAUGCGGAGAACAGAAAUAAAAGUCCUAUGCCAGUUGUUAUCGAGUGGCUAUAUAUGUGUGCCAGGGGGCUUCGAUGAUGGCUAUGCAGCAAUUGUAAUUUAGCUUAUUUGGAACGUCUAAUGAUGAUUUUUGUACAUUCAGGCUUGAGAAGAGCCCGCUCACUUGAGCUUCUGUGAUUGAAAACAUCACAAAACUAGACGAACGGCUAUUCCCACACUCUUGUCCGGCCCCACAAGAUCCUCUUUCUGAUUUUGUUGAUAUAAUUUUUUGGUUCACUUUAUACCUUUCGACCUGCUUAUAUAAAGCUUAAUCUUUUGGGUGCUUUCAUACGAAAUUCUCCAAUUUUGGCCUUAACAGCUUGUUUGACAGCUUGUUAUGAGAAAGAAAUGGAGCCUAGGUGUGCAACAUGUUACUACUUGGAAGGCCAACCUAAACAGGGAAAAUUCCUUCUCUAAAGUUUUACCAAGGGGGCAACAGGGAGGAAGUUAAUAAAAUUUAUUAUUAUUAACGUCUUUAUUUGCAAUAUAACUCAAAGAAAAGCUGAUUUCUUGACAAUUUUCAGUAGCAGCUUGGAAACCUUCUGGCGAGUUCCAUUUGUUACUUUGAGCAAGAACAUUGCAAACAGUAGUUUGGUUCUGGUAAAGGUCUAGUAAAUCUCUGGUAUGGUACUUCUUCUGCACGAGUGCCAUCAUUUGCAAUUCGCAUUGGUAUACAUGUAGACAUGCCUGAUAUGAAGAGAGUGAUUAGUGUGCCAUACACUAUGGAAGAUUUUUCUUUUAGGAAACUGGAUGAACAAGAUGAAUAGGAAAUAAUGCAAUGUCAUGCAAUGUCAACACCCAAACAAUGUAAGGUCAAUACCCAUGUGUACCCCUAGUAUAUACCAUAUGGAAGGAAUUAAAUAAACAAAAAUAACUAAAUAAUACACUACAAUAAGGGAUGCAGGAGGUAUUCUUCUCUCUCCUGAAGUACCUCCGUGCCACAGGUCAAAAGGAUCGCAGCUCACGACGAGUAUUUGAGCACGCAUGAGCGAUUCACCAGAAGGACAAGAAUCUUGGGAAGUCAUACUUGAGGAACACUUUCGCUUUUAAGAGUGGAACGCACAGCAACACCUUCCUCGAAAACCAUUGCUUUCUGCGAAAUUUAAAAACGAGAUGGGUGGUAGACAAAGCGCAGAGGCCCAACAGCUAUAUUCUUUUCAGAGAUGGGAGGAAAUGACAAUAUCUAAGGGAGAUAAAGAGAUGACUCUUCCCGCAAGCCCAUUAGUUUCCUUUGAGGAGAUGCAAAGAUGGGCAAAGGCCUCUUGCAAAAUCAUUUUGGGUCCUUGUUCUUGGGGCUCAGGGUUCUUCGUGGUUUUUCGUAUCCAUGAGAACCAAGUCUUGUACGGUGUAAUGACAAACAAUCACGUUUUAGAUGAGAACAGGCUUACAGUUGAGCAGAAUGUUCAACUUCGUCUUCACAACGAUCAGACGAUCACUGUGCAGCUUAGGAGAGCUGGAAUCCGAUUCACCUGUCCUUUGCUUGAUGUCGCGUUUAUUGAGCUGAAGGAGGUUGAUGUCCUAACAGUGGAUCAUCAUGGUGUAAAAUUUCUCAAUGUUAGUGGUUCUUCCCAGUGUACCCGUCCGGGAACAGAAAUAGCCAUCAUGCAAUACCCGAAAAACCACUCCAUGCUGGCCUUCGCGCAAGGUACUGUGUAUUCGCUUUGGGGAACUUGUAUCCUUCACGACGUUUCUACGAAUUAUGGUUCUUCUGGUUCGGGGAUUGUGUCCAUGCGCAGUAGAGAGGUAGUGGCAAUACAUUGUGCGAGACGGCCUGACAUGAAAGUUAAUGUAGGUGUUAGAGCCUCUGUUGCCAUCCAGGCAAUUAAAAAAGUUAUCAACGUAGACAUUGCACAUCACAAACCAGCUAAAGAUCUCAACCAUCGCGAAUUACGGGAACUUAAAAUGCUUGGCCUCCACCCAACAGAGAACAAGUUUUUGUUCGUCAGUCCGUCAAGUUUUUUUGUCACACCUUUGUGGUUUUAUCGCACCAACCAUGCCUGGUACUGGACGCCUACCCGACCAGAUUCCUACAACGAAAUAGAGGAACUGAGAAGAAGCAACUGGCUUGAAAUUGGUGUUGACAAGAGCAAAAUUGUAAUAGGUGGCUACUGGGAUGGAGAAACGCCAGCUCCAAGAAAUAUAGUGCUAAUAGAUAAACUUGCAGCUACCGGUUUUAAAUAUCUCGUGUAAAUAUCUUAAGUACAAGUCCAAUAUGGUCGAAGACACUAGUUUUCAAUCGAAUGGCGUAAAACCAAAACCAUAAGUAUUUGAUUUGGCCAAUCGUAAGUGAAUCAAACAGCACAAUGAACCAUUCAGAAUCCGAAUUAAUAGACCUUUUAACGGUUUUUGACCCUAUUGAUUACGGGAGGGGGUGGCAAACACAGUUUAAAUUACAGUGAAUGUACGGAUAUUUUGCCCACUUUGAGCCAUUAUAAAUCGUUUAAGGUCUGUCGGAAAUCUUCGGAAAAUUGUCAAAAACGUCGUCAUAGUAUGUUAUGCAAUAAACAGAAUACUACAUGCCCACUUGUGGAUACGAAUUUCAUCUCCUCGUGUUCAACACUCGAAGAUAAAAUUCGUAUCCACGCGCGGGCAUGUAAUAUCCUCUAUUUCUGCUGCGCAUUUACUUUUUGUCAGCCAAUGAAAAAAAAUUCGAACUCUUUGGUGCGUUUAGAGCUACUCGUCAACGACAUUUUAAGACGAGUAGCACUGGGGAGGAGAAUGGUUCAAUACCUCCUCGAUACAGAAAAAUUCGCUUUUCAUUGCGUUCUGACUUGACAUAAGUAUUAGCACAAGCAUAAGAAAAACAACAUCUUUUGUACUGCUUGUGUUUGUGCAUGUGCUGUGGGCGUCCUCACUACCGUUUAAUACACUUAUGCCAGUGCUAACGCCUUAUGCCGUUGUGAAAACCAGGCUUUACUUUACAUGUGUACAUGUACUUUGUUAAGCUUUUAUAAUUAUCCAUGGGCAAUGCUGAAAAAAAAGCAAUUACAACAUGAACCCACUAAAAAUGCAGAACAAACUCAGUGGAACUCUGCUCUUUACUGUAACUUUAAUUUAUUAACUUAUAUAUUAAGUUUAUAAUUAAGUUAUUCAUUUCACUUGACGUAAUAUCUUAUAACUAACUGACUGAAAGGAUAUAUUUUGCCUGUCGACGGUUUAGUCCAGAGCGAAAUGGAACAGAUAUUCUCUGUUUUAUUUUUGCAAUGUUUCUAAAAUAAUAAUCGUUUCUAAUUGUUACCUAUAUACCGGCAAUGUGCGGGCAACACAGAAAGCCUGAAGACUAACUACUUUUACCGCUCGUUUUGCCUCUCCAGGAACUCUACAUUUUAGCUCACGUUUUUGUCAGGCGUGGUAUUUAUAAUAUAUUAAAGUCCCAAAUUAUUAGCUCCUUACACGUCUCUGAUGUCUUAUCCGACCACCCUUAGACGGUCAGUAAAAUUUAACAUAAUAAAUUGUAACAACAUUAACAUUUUAUCCUAACGUGAUGCACAGCAAAUGAGUCUUUGAAGUCUAAUUUCUUCAGGCGCUGUUGCAAACAUUGCUGGUGGACUGUUUCCUAGUCUUAUGUGACUGGAGGUAAACUUUGAUCCGCAUUUAUUCAAUCCGUCAGUUUUUACUUAGGUCUCAUCUUUAGUGGCUCUGCAAAUAACAAAAAGAUCCAUGCAAAAAAUUACUGGACGUUAUAAUGAUACAGUACUGUAAUAGUAAGGUCUUCUGUCGAAAACGUUAAUAAACGUAUGAUUGCAUUUAGUGAC